AUGCCUUUGGAUCAGGCUCCUCGGGAAGGGAGGUGGGACAGCAGGAGAGCAGACCUAGGCUCUCACAGCCCACCACGCCUCCUUCCCCCAGGGGCCAUCGUGGGAGCCAUAGUCAGUCCCCUUCUGUUUCUCAUCCUGGUGGGCCUGCUGGUUUUCUUCCUGAAGAGGAGGCAUAAGAAGAGUGAGAAGAAACCAGCACCCGGGGAUCUGGUGUUCAGCUUCCCAGGGGACGUCCUGGCUGAAGACUUUGCCGACCACGUCAGGAAACACGAGGACAGCGGCUGUGGCUUUGCUGAGGAGUACCAGCCGGCCCUGGAGGACCACAGCCAGUCCCAGACGGUGGCCUCAGCUCCGGAGAACAGCGCCAAGAACCGUUACAGAAACGUGCUGCCCUAUGACUGGUCCCAUGUGCCCCUGACGCCCCUCCCUGGGGAGCCGGGCUCUGAGUACAUCAACGCCAGCUGCAUCCCUGUAAGGCUGCGGUUGGGAGCCAGGAGGAUGCUGAAUGAGCCUCGGAAGACGAGGGCCAGAUGAGGCGGGAUGUGACCUACCUGUUUUCCUCAACCAGGGUCUCUGGAGCCUCCGGGAGUUCAUUGCAGUCCAGGGCCCCCUUCCCCACACUGUGGGCGACUUCUGGCGCCUGGUGUAGGGGCAGCGGAGCCCCACACUGCUCAUGCUGACCAACUGCGUGGAGUCUGCCCAGGGUGAAGCUGAUCUCAAGGACCUUGUGAAAGAAGAGUCCUCCCGGCUGGGAUGAAUCUACACCUGGCUGCCUGUGGGUCCUGCCUUGUCACCAGAGCAGGGGGGAUUCCCCGGCACUGAAUACAAGAGCCACCCUGCGGAGGGGCACCAGGGAAGGUGCUCUGGGGCCUCCUAUACUCUGACCCGCCCCAGUCUUCCCCCAGGUGAAGUGUGAGCAUUACUGGCCUCUAGACGCCCAGCCCUGCACCCAUGUGACCCUGGUGGGUGAGGAGGUGAUGGAGAACUGGACAGUACGAAAUCUGAAGCUCUUGCAUGUAAGCCCCCAUCCCACCCCUUCAGCCCCACCUUGACCCUCAGUUCCUCCCCCGUGAUAUUCCAGGCAGUCCCCUCCCCAGAGCUCCCCAUGAAGUCUAAGCUUCCGCCACUCCCGCAAGGGACCACAAUGUGCCCCAGGGAUGUCCCCACCAGUCAGAAACCAGCCCCCGGGUCCUGAGCUCCCCCCAACUCCCCUCCAUCUAGAUGCAAGAGCAGAAGACUUUAUCUGUGCAUCAGUUCCACUAUGUGACCUGGCCAGACCAUGGCAUCCCCCACUCCCCAGACCCCUUGCUGGCCUUCUGGAAGAUGCUCCGGCAGUGGCUGGACCAGACCGUGGGGGGAGGCCCCCCCAUUGUACACUGCCCGUGAGGACCAGCCAGAGCCCUCUGUCUGUGAGGAAACCGCCCCCUUGGGGCUCAGAAACCAGGGUUCUCUGGGUCCUUAGGAACUUCUAGAGGAGGUGGAGGAGAUGGGGAGGGCAGAAGGUGAAGGGGCGGUGAUGCAGGUCAAGAAUGAUGAUAAAGGUGAAGAGAUGGGAAAGAAAGAAAAAGAGGUAAAGGAGGAGGCAUGCAUGGGGAGAAGGAGGGAAGAGGGGUGAAGAGCAGGAGGGAGAGGCAGCCCAAGGUUUUAAGAAACAUUUAAAACAGCUCCUUGGGGGCUUCCCUGGUGGUCCAGUGGCUAGGACACAGCACUUUCACUGUCGAGGGCCCAGAUCCCACAAGCUUCACAGCGUGGCCAAAAAAAAAUUUUUUUUAAUGAAAAAUAAAAUAAAACGGUCAUUUUCAUGUUUAAAAUUUUUUUUUUUUUUUUUUUUUUUUUUUGCGAU